AAGAAGUGGUAAAAAGAAGGGGAAACCAACAUAAAUGGAAUUGCUGCAACCUAUGUGUAGUACAUGUUAAUCUUUUCUGUCACAGAGAGCAUCGCAGUUCUUUAUUGUCUUGCUUGAAGUAAUAAAUUUUGGUCUCUUGUCAUAAGAGACCAAAUCAGUAAUAUGGUGGUACAAAGAAUUGCCAUUUUAUUGUUAUUAAUAACACAAGUAUUAUCUGCACCAAGUGGAUGUAUAGAAUCCUGUGGUUUUUAUAGCAAACAAUUUCAAACUGGUUCACAAAUACCUAGUAACAUUCAAGGUUACAAUGAUUUAACACAGACUGCAACACGUUUACAAGGACUUGACUAUUCCAGACCUGGUACUUGGUCUGAACACAAUGACUAUAAUACGAAUAAUGGAAAUGGAAAAAUACAUGAAGAACAUGGUCAGAUUGUUGAUGGUCCUAAGACGGUAAGAUACUACAAGAAGAAUUAUUCAUCUUCUUACAGUACAGGAAAUACCUAUGGUGCAGGAUUACCAGAAAUUGAACAUCAAAAUAAUUAUGGACACGGUAUUCGUGUAUCUAAUGCAGGAGAGAGUUUUAAUUCUCAACAAGCAUACAAUCAAAUAGGUAAUAUUGAAUCAAGUGCACAACAACGUGAAUAUAAUAGAAUACAAAGCCAACAACAUACACAAUCAUCAGUCAGAAGAGCUAAUACACAAAGUGAGAGGCUUGAAGAUUUUGGAGAAUAUGGUGGAAGCUCACAAGGAGUACAAGAUGCAUCAGAUUUGGCUACUCAAAUUUCUCAAAAAACUUAUUCUAAUGCACAACCUAGAAAUUGGAGCAAAGUGGAUUCAUAUGGAACUGAUGGAGGUCAUGGACAAGUGUUUGAAGAAGAAGGUCAAUAUGUAUCAGGACCUAAGAAAGUCCGUUAUUAUAAAAGAAAUUACACUUCUAGUUCUGGCUUAACUAGCAGUAUUCCUAUAUCUAUACCUAUAUCUGAAGUGACUAAUACUGGAGUAGAAAAUAUAAAUAGAGAAAUAGAAAAAUUCCAUAGAGAAACUGGGAAAGAAUUUAAUCAGAUAUCUAGUACAAGAAAUACGGCAUCUAGUAAUAUUGCGCAAACAAAUAUUGGUAUGCAUGAAUUAGCCAGUGAUAAUCUUUAUAGCAAUACACAUAGGAGUCAAAUCGACCAUGGAAGUAGUUUAUCUACACAUCAUAAUGAAGAACAUUUAACAGAUACUGUCACCAAACCAUAUAUAAAUCCAACUCAGAAUACUUAUGGUGCCAAUAGUUUCAGCAUGUAUGAAAGACACGAAGGGUAUGUACCAAAAUUACAACCAUCUACACAAUUUAUAAAUCCUACACCAGGAUAUACAAAUGUACUUAGUACUGGAAAUAGUGGUUACAAUAGAAAUAUAUAUAGCAAAGGCAUAAUGCAGCAACAAACAGACAACAUGCAAGAGACACAACUUUUGGAUAGUCAUCAAUCAAGAUUGAAUCGUGAUCAAAUAACUGAUGAUAACAUGAGGCAAAAUAUUUAUACUCAAAAUAGACACAUAAAUACAGGUAUGCCAGGACGAGUUUCACAUUAUAAAGAACACUGGAGUUCUAGUCAUAUGAAAGAAACAUCAGUUCCACAUUAUUCCUCAGAUAUUUCACAUACCAAUGAGCAGGGCGCUUUGUACAACAAUAGAUAUAGAGAAAACAGUUUUAACUCUGGACAUCAAACGACAUUAGAAAAAUUACGAACUGGAGAGUUUGAAUUAAGUCAAAUGGGAAAUCAUGCAGACUGUACACAAGGAACAACCGACCAUGUACACACAGAUUCACAAUUGCAUAGAAAAUACAAACGCAGUCCAAACUCUGAUCCCUUCAGUUAUAUGCAACAAUCUGAUGAAUUUGAUGACCUAACUCAACAAACAUCUGGGAAACCUAAAAUUGAACAGGAGUCACAACACUUUCACUACCCUUGGGGACCAAGUAUGAAUACACAGCAAUCAGAAGAUUUGACACAGCAAACAGGUGAAUUUGAUGAUCUAACACAAAAGACUUCUGGGGAGCUUGAAUUUGGGCCACCAUCACGAGAUUCCUAUCAACCUCGUAGACCAAGUACUGGUAAUCAGCAAACAGAAGAUUUAACACAGCAAACAGGUGAAUUUGAUGACCUAACUCAACAAACAUCUGGGAAACUUGAAUUUGGGCCACCAUCACGAGAUUCCUAUCAACCUCGUAAACCAAAUACUGAUAACCAGCAAACAGAAGAUUGGACACAGCAAACAGGGGAACUUGAUGAUCUAACUCAACAAACAUCUGGGAAGCUUGAAUUUGGGCCACCAUCACGAGAUUCCUAUCAACCUCGUAAACCAAAUACUGAUAACCAGCAAACAGAAGAUUGGACACAGCAAACAGGGGAACUUGAUGAUCUAACUCAACAAACAUCUGGGAAACUUGAAUUUGGGCCACCAUCACGAGAUUCCUAUCAACCUCGUAAACCAAAUACUGAUAACCAGCAAACAGAAGAUUGGACACAGCAAACAGGGGAACUUGAUGAUCUAACUCAACAAACAUCUGGGAAACUUGAAUUUGGGCCACCAUCACGAGAUUCCUAUCAACCUCGUAGACCAAGUACUGGUAAUCAGCAAACAGGUGAAUUUGAUGACCUAACUCAACAAACGUCAGGGAAGCUUGAAUUUGGGCCACCAUCACGAGAUUCCUAUCAACCUCGUAGACCAAAUACUGGUAAUCAGCAAACAGAAGAUUGGACACAGCAAACAGGGGAACUUGAUGAUCUAACUCAGCAAACAUCUGGAAAACUUGAAUUUGGGACACCAUCACGAGAUUCCUAUCAACCUCGUAGACCAAGUACUGGCAAUCAGCAAACAGGUGAAUUUGAUGACCUAACUCAACAAACGUCAGGGAAGCUUGAAUUUGGGCCACCAUCACGAGAUUCCUAUCAACCUCGUAGACCAAAUACUGAUAACCAGCAAACAGAAGAUUGGACACAGCAAACAGGUGAAUUUGAUGACCUAACUCAACAAACAUCUGGGAAACUUGAAUUUGGGCCACCAUCACGAGAUUCCUAUCAACCUCGUAAACCAAAUACUGGUAACCAGCAAACAGAAGAUUGGACACAGCAAACAGGGGAACUUGAUGAUCUAACUCAACAAACAUCUGGGAAACUUGAAUUUGGGCCACCAUCACGAGAUUCCUAUCAACCUCGUAAACCAAAUACAGGUAACCAGCAAACAGGUGAAUUUGAUGAUCUAACUCAACAAACAUCUGGGAAACUUGAAUUUGGGCCACCAUCACGAGAUUCCUAUCAACCUCGUAAACCAAAUACUGAUAACCAGCAAACAGAAGAUUGGACACAGCAAACAGGGGAACUUGAUGACCUUACUCAACAAACAUCUGGAAAGCUUGAGUUUGGAUCUCAGUCACAAGAUUCUUAUCUACCUCGAAGACCAAAUACUAAUACUCAGCAAACAGAAGAUUUGACACAGCAAACAGGUGAAUUUGAUGACCUUACUCAACAAACAUCUGGGAAGCUUGAAUUUGGACAGCAGUCAAUGGAGCACAAUCCAUACUUUUCAAAUUCUGAUAGAUCCAGAGAAUCAGUAAAUAUGCAGAAUCCAGAAGUUAAUACUCAAAGAAAUGAAAAUUUUCCUAUAGUGGGUGUAAAUGGCAAUAUACCUGUAGAGCAGCAAGUGUCUAGUUUCCAACUUCCCAAACCAGCAGGGAAACCAAAACCAAGGUCAAGAUAUUCAAGAAUUGGUGUAUUAAGCAAUAUACAAAAUACGUAUAAUUCUGAUAAUCAACAACCUUCCCAUCCUGAUGCUAACAUUUAUGAAUUACCACCAAAUGUUGUAACUGAGGCUGAUGUAAAUAUGGUUAGGGAUAAAAAUAUUAGAGGUGAUCAAAAUGCAAACAAUUUCAUGGACACAACUACUUCUAAACAGUUAAAUCAACCAGCUGCUGAUAAGACACACAGUAUUGAAGAGGCAUAUGUGGAUUCAGUUAACUCAUUACAUAAAUCUAAUGAUGCAACUGUAGGUUUACAGUGGCAUUACACAUAUCACCCUAGCGAUCAAAGACAAUUUAUACAACAAACAGAUCAAAGGGAUAAGGGGCAUUUACAGCAGCAAUCAAGCAGUCCAGAGUUCCAACAGUCCGGUCAUAGUUUUGAUCAGCAAGAAACACAAAAUAUAUAUCAACAGUCAUCUAUUUUUGACAAUGAAGAAUCAGAAAUAUCUCAAAAAUAUCAAGACAAAUCUGACAAUAUUAAAAAACAAAGUGAAUUAGAAUUUAGUCAACAAAGAGCAAGUGAAAUUGAUGAUGAACAACAUGUUCAAAACCGUGAAACUAAGCUUCAGUUAGAACCAAGAAUUAUAGAAGUUUACGGAGGUGGACCAUAUGAUGCAUCUCAUAACGAUGAUAUAUAUAGUGGAAUAACAGUAAAUCCCAGUGCUACACUACUACCAAUUAAUAAUGCUGAUCCAUGGGAUAUUCACGAGAAACCAAGAGAAGUGAUAGGAAUAGUUAAUGAAGUAACAUCUACACCAAUGUCUGUAAAACCUUUAAAUGAAAAUGAUGAGACAACGCAUGCACCAUCUUUUUGGUCAAAACUUGGCAGUCAAAUAACAACUACUUAUGGUAAAGCUAAAGAAAAAGCUAGAACCAUCUUUGGAUAAACAUAAUUUGUAAUAUUAUUAAUUAAUUUGUAUUUGUAAGUGACUUUUUUCUUAAUACUAUAGGACUUCUCAUUAUAUAGAGUUUAUUUAUCAGUGUCAUAUAAUGUACUGUUAUCAUUUAUUUUGUUAAUUUAAUGAUUUCAAGAAGUUGAUAUAGUAUUAUGGAAUGACAUUAUUCCAAAUUUAUUGUAUAUUUCGUUAUUUAAAUAAAAUUAUAUUUUAUAAGUA